GUGUAGAAGUUCAAGGUGUCCUCAAGACGAAGAGCAGGAAACUGUGUUAAUGUAAACAGUGUAUCGCUGUCGUAUAAGUGAUUUGAUCAGUGACAGAUAUUCAUCGAAGAUGAAUCACAGACUUGCUUUCGUCGUUGCGAUAUUUUUUUUCUGUGGAGUAGGUUGUGUAGAUAUUAAAAAAGUUGAGAGCAUCAUUAGCCAAAGGGUCGAAAAUGACACGGAGGCUGCCUCGACAGAAUUUCCCACAGGAAAAGGACGAUCUUCCAGAAUGAUUUAUGCCGAGUUGGUUUCUUGUGCGGUUCGGUAUGACACAUCGUGUUUAGUUGAUGUUGCAGAGGACUACUUGGAGGUACAGAGGCAGGAGCUUUUGGCUCAGGCCGACGCCCAAGUCUCGGCUUCCGGGCGUGCUAAUCCGGAUAACUCCCCAUCUCAUCUUGCUAAAACGAUAGAAAAACUUCUGUCCGAGUUAGCUGGAAUGUUCAAGAGCGGAAUAUCCAGUUUUUUCAGAGAAGCAGCUGACGAUGAUGAAAUUGAUGAUGCGGACGAUAACAGCAUUGAUAAUGAAAAUAAAGACGACGAGAAAAAUAGUAGGGAUGUAGUAGAAUCGAGAGUAUUCCUUGACAAAAAGAAGAGGAAAAAGAAAGGAGGAAUAAAGAAAUUAUUCAGACUUGUCAGAGUAGGAAUCCUCGCUGGAGUAGUUAUUAUGAAGAUCGCCCUACUCAUCAAGAUCUUCGAAGCAGCCCUCAAGUUCAAACUACUCCUGGUAGGUGUCACCAGUUUAAUCUUGCAAAUCGUCAAGUUCUGGAUGGACUUCAAAGAGAAGAGGAAUGCUCACCAUGAUGAAGGUAUUGUUUACAAAAAUCCCUAUGAUGGUGGCUUAUCUGGGGCGGAAUGGGCUGGCCCUGGAUCGCCCGGCGGGGAGUAUCAUGCAAGAUCUGCCCCAUCUGUUCAGAACUAUGCUCAAAAUUUGGCGUAUUCGCAAUAUAUCAGAAAGUAAUCGAGAGUGAUCGAAAUCAAGAUGAAUGAAUAAUAUUGUUUAUAUUUAUUUUAUUUGUUAAGAGCACAUCAGAAAGGACGCACAUUAUGGUAACUUUCUAUUAUAUAUUUUCCAGAAAGAAAGCUGAAGGAGUUUACUCAUGUGAAUUGUUUGUCAAAAGUAAAGACGUUUCAGAAACUGAUAUAGGUAUUUUUGGCUGUUACUAGUAACUAUUAAUUAUUGAUGUUAUCAACAAAAGUCAAGAAAUCUUAAGUACUUUUAUCGAUCAAAUAAGUAUCUAUUUUAUUCGGUACGAUAUUAAAAAAGUGCCUGGAUAGUCAUAUAGUUUGGAGUAUAUCAGUUCGAUGUAAGAUUGGAAUUGUUUUACUCUCGGGUACUAUGGACACUACAGUUUUUUGACAGUGAAUGAAAUAUCGCAAGGAAGGAAUGGGAAAAAACUAUUAUUCGAACUCUGCAGUUGCUGCACAAUGUUUAUUCAUACGAAUAAAGAAGAAAGUGAGGAUUCUCAGACCUUACUUGUGAAACAGGCAUUUUCUGACAUUCGCAGAGCAGAUAUUUUGUUGAAAUAGUACUACUGUACACACCCCAGCAAGUUUUGAUUCUCAUGUAUGGAGCUCCGCCCCUAAUCAUACCCUGAAACUGCUGGAUUCCGCCCAGAAAAGUCCCAUCCGCUCGAUUGGAGACACGAACAUCACUUGCCAUCUUGAUAGCCUGGAACAUCGAAGAAAGGUUAGAGA